AGCAGCUGUUGGGGCCCGGCGGCAGGCGGGACUUCUGCCUCCUCGGGCGCACGUCAGUCAGGAGGAGGAAGCGCAGCGGGGGCGGGAAGGUUGCACAGCCGCACCUGCGGCUGGGCUUGCGGGUCUCUAAGUGGUCGCGCCCCCUUUGAGAGGGUGAGCCGACUGCUAGAGGGUCCCGGGCGCUCUCCUGUCCCGGGUGAUUGAAAAGUGCUGAUCAAUUGCCACUGAAGCAGGAAAUAGGAAGAUGGCAGCAAACCCUUCGGGACAAGAGUCUGGAUGGACACAGGUCUUUUGUCACUGCUAAGUGCAUCAUCUGGAUCAUUUUGGAGUUGGUCUCUGUUGGCUGCUUUUUUUGGAGACGCCACUGGGAAUCCUGAAGACCUCUGGGAAAAUUAAGUUUCCAAGAGAAACACAACAAUACUUGACAUUUAUUGGACACCACCUGUAUUAUCUUGAGGUUUUCAAAACAAAAAUAGAGUUGCAAUCUUGGCAGAACUGGACAAAGAGAAAAGAAAAUUACUAAUGCAGAACCAAUCUUCAACAAAUCAUCCUGGAGCUAGCAUCGCACUCCCGAGACCCACUCUUAAUAAGGACUUCCGGGACCAUGCUGAGCAGCAGCACAUUGCAGCCCAACAGAAGGCGGCUUUGCAGCAUGCACAUGCACAUUCUUCCGGAUACUUCAUAACUCAAGACUCUGCAUUUGGGAAUCUGAUUCUUCCUGUUUUACCUCGCCUUGAACCAGAAUGAACAAAUAUUUGCAUUGAAAAUGACUUUGUAAUAUCAAUUGCCAAACCUACUAUUAUUCAGUUCUAUACAAACUAUGACUUUCAGAAUUUUGGUGAACUUUUACAUUUUUUGCUUCUUUAAAAGAAAAUUACAUAAGUGAAAGCAAAAAUGGAGAGUAACCAGGAUGAUGAGAGCCUUGGGAGCUGUACUGUCUGAGGAAUUGAGUAUGCUACCUUUGUCACAUUUUUGUUUGAUUUAUAACUAAAUUAGACUGUGAAUUGGAUGGUCACAUAAAUUCACCCCCAAGAUCCAGCGAGUUGAACUGAGUAUAUCAUGUCCACAAUAGAUUUUCAAGAACCAUUUAUAGUACUUAACUUUAAAGAAAUGAGGGUGCUUUUUAAAAGUGUGAACCAAUAGGCUUAAAUAAGUUAUAUUUAUAUAACUUAUAUAAGAUGGAGCUCCUUGUAGAAUUGCUAUCAGUGUACCUUUUGAGUUUUAACCAACAUAUUAUCCUGAAAUAUUCUUUAACUUAUAACUAGUCCCCCUGUUCUCAAUUUUAAAAGAAAAUCCAAGAUAAGACUAAGUUACCAACAAGUCUUAAACAUCCUUUAUAAACUAUAAAUUAUGUGACUAAACUGCUAUUAAAGACAAUUAUAAGAGAGGUGGUGAUUUUAAAAUUUGUAGAAGCUCUUAUUUAGUGUCACUAUGCAAAUGAUAGACCUGUACAGUUUUCUUGUCCCUUUUUGCUCUAAUUAAAAACAUACGCAAAGUUAAAGGAGGAAGGCGUUAGGUUAAGCAAGUUUUCAACAUGACAUAUCUUUAACAGAAUCUGCAGUGCUUAUAUAAAUAUGCACUCUCCUCUACCUUACCCUAGUCCUACAGAAUUAGAAUCUCUAAUUCAAAACAAAGUCUGAAAACCUGGGUUAGAGAAGUCAGUUUUCAUGAUACAUAUUUAUGAACUCAGAUUUGUAGGUCCCUGAAAUUUAGAGGUCAUUUAGCUAAAUUCUACGUUUUUUACUUUUAGUGGGAUUGAAAUUAUAUUUUAUACUAUAUUAUAGGUAAAGUAUUUUAUUAACUACUUAUACCUGACCUCAUUUUGGCCUUGAGUUCCCAUCCUCUCUGGUGGUAGGAUGAAAUUUAAACUUAAAACUCCAGUUUGGGUCAAUAUUUAAUCAAAGUUCCCUUCUUGAAGAGUUUCUUCUCUCUCCUUCCCUAGAUAUUUGUACCAACCCCAGAGCUCCAUCUUACCCAAACUGAUUGACGAGGAGCAGACAAUUCUAUACUUAGCUGUCCGCAUUGUAAUGGUCACCAUUACAGCAAAGGCACCCUUACUCUUGCUGCUGACAAGCCCUCCACCUGCCCCAGGCCUCUGGCUCCUGUUCUGCUCAGGCCCAUCCGGCUCUUACUUGGGCCUCCUUAUAGUGGGCCUCAUUUCUUGAAUUAAUGUGACUAAAUUUCUGUUCAUGUGAGCCAUGGUUCUCAGUAUAUCUACUGAUGCUAGGAAGAUUUUUAAAUUUGGAUUGUUUAGUUUUAUACUGUCAAAGCCUCUACCUAACGUGUGACUUUUAUAACUUAGAUAUCUUUUUUCCAGUGGUAUUUUCUAGUCUCUUAGCCUUCUGAAUCCCACAGUCCCAGCUACCAAGCACUUCCUCCUACCCCUUUCCUUGGAGUCACUUACAAAUCCAAUUUAGUCCAAUGUGUGUGUAUUAAUACCUACUCUGUUAAUCACUGUGCUUCGGGGGCGGAAGAUGAGAGAGACCGCCUGAAGGAGGCAGCAGUGGAGGGGAGCCUGCUCUGGUACAGCAGUGGUGAGAAAGGAAGGCAGAAUGCAGCGAGCUGCACAGGAAGGGCCUGGAAGUAUUGGUGCUUUACCUGCCAAGGGAGGGAAGAGCUGCUCUGGGCAAAGGUCAAGAUUUUAUAAUCAAGGAGAAGUACGAACAAUUGCGAGUGCUGCAGAGGAUAAUGCAAAGGCACAAGUGGCCUCAGAAGCCCCAAAGUCUCAACAUUGCUUCCCUCAGCCUGUGGAGAACUGGGGCAACUCACUCAACCUCUGUCUGCAUGUCACUCCAUCUCACCUGUAAAACAGGAACGGCACACGCUCUGUCUAGUGCAUGAACUGAACCAACCAUGUGUUCCAAAGUGUGUGUCUCACCUCGUUGCUGAAUUGAGAAGCCAACUUCAUGGUUUAAUGGAUUAUGGCCAGCAUUUUUUAUUUUUUAAUAAAAUAGCAUCGGAGUGCA